AUGGUGCUACCAAGAUUGUAUUCUGUAGCUACUUCGAAGUCUGCCCUUUUGGCCACUUCGAAGCACGCUUUACCUGCCAUCAGAUCCAAUGCUGUUGCAUCUAGAACUAUGGCUACUGCUGCUCCUGCCGUUGGUCAAGUUAGAGCUGUUAUUGGUGCUAUUGUCGAUGUUCAAUUCGAUCAAGAAAACUUACCAGCUAUUUUGAACGCUUUGGAAAUUAAGACCCCACAAGGUAAAUUAAUUUUGGAAGUUGCUCAACAUUUGGGUGAAAACACUGUUAGAACUAUUGCUAUGGACGGUACUGAAGGUUUAGUCCGUGGUGAAAAAGUUUUGGAUACCGGUGCUCCAAUUUCUGUUCCAGUCGGUAGAGAAACUUUGGGUAGAAUCAUUAACGUUGUUGGUGAACCAAUUGAUGAAAGAGGUCCAAUUAAAUCCAAAUUAAGAAAGCCAAUUCAUGCUGAACCACCAACCUUUGUUGAACAAUCUACUGAAGCCGAAGUCUUGGAAACUGGUAUCAAAGUUGUCGAUUUAUUAGCCCCUUACGCUAGAGGUGGUAAGAUUGGUUUAUUCGGUGGUGCCGGUGUCGGUAAGACUGUUUUUAUCCAAGAAUUGAUUAACAAUAUUGCUAAGGCUCAUGGUGGUUUCUCUGUUUUCACUGGUGUCGGUGAAAGAACAAGAGAAGGUAACGAUUUGUACCGUGAAAUGAGAGAAACUGGUGUCAUUAACUUGGAAGGUGAAUCUAAGGUCGCCUUGGUUUUCGGUCAAAUGAACGAACCACCAGGAGCUAGAGCUAGAGUUGCCUUAACUGGUUUAACCAUUGCUGAAUAUUUCAGAGAUGAAGAAGGUCAAGAUGUCUUGUUAUUUAUCGAUAACAUUUUCAGAUUCACCCAAGCUGGUUCCGAAGUGUCUGCCUUGUUAGGUCGUAUUCCAUCCGCUGUCGGUUAUCAACCAACUUUGGCCACCGAUAUGGGUUUAUUACAAGAAAGAAUUACCACAACUAAGAAGGGGUCUGUCACUUCAGUCCAAGCCGUCUAUGUGCCAGCCGAUGAUUUAACAGAUCCUGCCCCAGCCACCACUUUCGCCCAUUUGGAUGCUACCACCGUCUUGUCCAGAGGUAUUUCUGAAUUGGGUAUCUACCCAGCUGUCGAUCCAUUGGAUUCUAAAUCUAGAUUAUUGGAUGCUGCCAUUGUUGGUGAAGAACACUACAACGUCGCCACUAAGGUCCAAGAAACUUUACAAGCCUACAAAUCUUUACAAGAUAUUAUUGCUAUUUUGGGUAUGGAUGAAUUGUCUGAACAAGAUAAGAUCACCGUCGAAAGAGCCAGAAAGAUCCAAAGAUUCUUAUCACAACCAUUUGCUGUUGCCGAAGUUUUCACUGGUAUCCCAGGCAAAUUAGUCAGAUUAAAGGAAACUGUCAAAUCUUUCAAGGAUGUCUUGGAUGGUAAAUACGAUGCCUUACCAGAAAAUGCCUUUUACAUGGUUGGUGGUAUUGAAGAUGUUGUCGCCAAGGCUGAAAAAUUAGCCACUGAAGCCGCCAAAUAA